GUUGUGGCGAUCAACGGUGAGGAUAAAUAGAUAUACGUCUAACAAUUCGUCUUCAUACCUGAUUCACCGCACCUUUUCCUUCCAUUUACCUUUAUUUGCUCGACAAUAAGCUCUGGCUCGGCUGAUUCCACUCAUUAUAUAUAUACCUGACACACCUAGUCACAAUGCAAAAUCUCCACUUAGUAAUCCUCAUACACGGCCUUUGGGGUAAUACCACACAUUUCAACUACAUCAAGGACCAAUUAGAUGCAACAGGAUCAGCACGCAAUGAACAACUCGUCAUACAUAUCACCGGAUCUCACGAAUACUACAAAACCUACGACGGAAUUGACGUAUGCGGUCAGCGUGUAGCGGACGAAAUCCAACAGGCUAUCCGUGAUGCAGAGUCGGGUGCGAGAAGGGUGGCCAAAAUUUCCAUCGUAGGGUACUCCCUUGGCGGCUUGAUCGCUCGGUAUGCCAUUGGUAUCUUGUAUUACCACAAGGUAUUCGACCCUACGGGGACCCGGGGUAUCAAGCCCAUGAAUUUUAUCACCUUCUGCUCUCCGCACGUCGGGGUUUUGACCCCCAGCAGUACCAUUGCGGUGAAGGUUUUCAACAACUUGGUCCCCUUUCUUCUUGCCAAUUCUGGAAAACAAAUGUUCUUGAAGGAUAGUUUGGCAGAGAAUUUCAAUGUGGUCCAUCAGAAGGAUCUGUCUGUGCAUGUAAACGAUAGCCUCGAAGGGGGCGACAUUCCAUUACUAGUGGGAAUGAUUAAGCCACAUUCCAUCUUUUAUAGGGCGUUGAAAAUGUUCAAAAACAGGGCCCUAUACGCAAAUGUCGUCAACGACAAGAGGGCCAGUUGGUUCACCAGUGGGAUUUCCCGCUCGGAUCCGUUUCAAAGCAUGACAGUUGGGUCUAAAUUGCUGGUGUCAUACGUGAAGGGAUAUGAAAACGUGGUGGUGGAUAUCAAAAAGGGGUACUCCACCAAAAUGAUUGACCCAGCCGGGGCAGAUGGUUCUUUGAUGGAUGAAGAAUCUUUGGGAUCCAUUGCUCAGGUACAGAACUUCUUGCUCCGCAAAUGGCUCUGGUGCAUUGCCUUCGCCAACAUCACUGUGUUUGCCCCGAUAUGGGUCGUCUGGUUCAUUGCAAGUUCAAUUCUCCAAAGAACAAAGUCGCAUAGCAGGCUGAAAUGUUUUCUCCUGGAUACAUCCGAGGGCUUUUUGAGAUAUUACGAGUUAUUACCAGAGGAUAGCAGUGUCUUGUUGGAUAGGAGACCAAGGAGCUACGGUUCAACGGGGGAAGGAGAUUCGUUAAGGGACAAACGACUUGUCGAGAAUACCGUGAGACACAUGGAGGAUAGAGCUGACGAGGUGAUGGAUUCGGUUUGGGGUGCCAUGAUGACCUCAAAGGUUUCACAAGAGGAUGACACGGAGCAAUAUGUUUCUCUCUACGAAGAUACUGUCACACAGCUGCUUAUUGAGGAGACGGCACUGUUGGAAACCCCCGAAGAAAAAUACAACCUUCCGGUUUCCUCCUAUCAGUCAUUUAUCAUCGACCAGUUGAACAUGUUGAACUGGCAAAAGUUCCCCGUCAACAUUCGAGCCACAGUUACAAGCCACGCUGCUGCAAUUGUGCGUCAUAAGGAUCCCAAUUUCCAUGAGGGCAAGGUUGUUGUGAAGCAUUUCGUUCUGGACGUGUUUCAGUUUUAG